GCGGAGGCACUGGACAGUGAGCAUGGCGGAAAACACUUCAGGGCCGGCAGACAUGUACAUAAAGUCGUGGUCAGAACCUCAAAACACAGACUGGGUUCUCACUUCUCUCUCAUCUCGAUUCCAUCCAUCUCAAAUUUCCCCCUCCGCAACGCACAUCCCUCCAUGAUGCAUCGAGCCAUCGACACAUAUGACCAUAUCUCAAUCGCCGAGAUUGUAAUAUAUGUUCCCUUCCUCAUCAUUUCCGUGUUCCUCGGCUUCAGACAUGGCUUCCGCAGGAGCGCCGGCUUCUACUUCCUCAUCAUCCUCUCUCUCGCGCGCAUCAUCGGCAGCGCCCUCCGGCUCGCCACCAUCUCCGACGCCACCAACACAAACCUCUACGCCGGCUGGCUGACGCUGAACAACCUCGGCCUCUCCCCCCUCAUCCUGACCCUCCUCAGCCUCGUCGCGCGCGUCAUGGACAGCAUCCACCGCAGCGGCGUGACGAUCCUUCAACCCCGCUACCGGCGAGCCGUCGACACCAUCCUCCUCGUGGCCCUCAUCCUCAGCAUCGUCGGCGGCACCCAGUCGACCUACGAGGUCACCGCCUCCUCGGGGGUGCAGAUCCAGUACGCCAGCAUCUCCCGCGUGGCCCUCGGCCUGAUGCUCGCCGGCUACGUCCUGCUGUGCGUGCAGACGGCCAUGGUCGCGCUCCGGCACUCGCUGAUCGAGGCCGGCGAGCGCCGCGUCCUGCUGGCCGUCGCGCUUGCCCUGCCCUUCGUCCUCGUGCGCAUCGUGUCGUCGUGCCUGCGCGUCUUCGCCGGCGAGACGGCUACCGUGUGGCGCUACCUCGGCAUGGAGGUCAUCAUGGAGAUUGUCGCUGUGACUAUCUGCCUGGGCAUGGGCUUGACGCUCAGGAGAGUCCCCAAGUUGCCUGAGGGGACUAGGAUGGAGCAGAGGAGCGGGCGCAGGGGCGGACGCAGGAGUGGGCAUAGGAACAGGUCGUCAAGGAACACACAGACGGUGUAGCUGGUGUAUGGCAUGACUUUGGAUGAUCAUACUUUAUGGGGAAUUAGACAGGCUGUCAGUGCAGACACACGGGUUGAAAUGAUAAGAGGAGAGUGUUCAUAGGGAAUGGGGCUCGUGUACGGGGCAGUACAGGAAAAGGAUUCCGGUGCUACUUUGGGAAGGGACAUACUAGAUUUUUGUCAAACACGUGGGUUGUGAUUUACAAGGCAGUUGUGUUAUUUAGAUACCAUCUUUGUUAUAUCAUAUGACCCGGCGAGGAGUAUAUAUUGAUCUGUAGCCUUGGAAUUGAGUUUUAAUAGUA